UCCAGCCUGCUACCCAGCCAAACUGGGCUUCACGAGGGAAUGCAAGGAGCCCAAAAUGGGAAAGAACUGGACGAAGAGGAAGAGUUGGAGGAACUGGGAGGCAUCAAUGAGACACUAAUAAGGCAACACCAGCUUCCACUCUCUGCACAGUCAGCCUUCAGCUACAUCCCACCCCGACGCAAGGACCUUCCUGAAGUCAGUUAUUUUCACCAGGAGAGCAAGCCAGGAAUUGUUUCCCUGUAUGACUGCGUGUUCAAAAGACCGAUCAGCUAUGAUGCAAAGCUCCAUAGGUGUGACAGAGAACAUGCGAAAAGCAAAGGACUUCACAUUAAUGAUGAGGAAAAAAAAAGGACUGUACCUGUCUUGUCCUCUUCUGAAUAUGGGCGGCGCAUAAACCAACCUGUGGAAGAGCUAAUCCGAGACCAUGUGCGCAUUAAUCAUGUACGGGCAGAGUUCUACAGAAAAAAUGGAAUAGCUUGUUUGAUGGAAAAAUGCUGCCAGCACUGUUAAUGCAACUUAAGGAUCUACUGUGAUAGAUACCUAAGAGCAAUAUGGUCUCAAAUUCCUGUAGUGUCCUGCUUGGAUUUAAAGUCAGUUCAAAUGUAACAUUAUAGUAUCUUCAUGUAUUUAUUGCUGGGGUUUUAGCUGAAAAAGGGCUUUCUUUUUUAGGCCCUUAAAGCAUGAGGAUACUGUGUGACUACCAGCUUAUACUAGUACUCACCUUUCCAUUUUUUCUCCUGGAAAAAUUGUGCAGAGAUUUCCCCAGAAAAGUGUCUUGACACUUUUAACAUACUAGAGUAACCAUGUAUUAACCUGAAAAUAACCACCUCUGUCAUUUCUUAUGAUCUGCUAAAGAUAGUUUUUAUUCUUAAUAAGAUUAAAACUAAAGGAUUUGGUAGCAUGUAUUUUUGCUUAACAUGCUUUUCCUUCCAAUUUCAUUUCUCUUCAUUAAUUGACAGUUUUGUAAUUAAGGAAAAAUGCUUAUCAGUGUGCUUGGAAUGCUUAACUAAUGAAGCCACCAUUAAAAAACAAACAAACCUGAGAAAAAUAUCUAUCAACCUGCUUAUAUACUAAGGCUGUACCCGUGAAUAUAUCAGCUGUGCAUCAGGAAUGAAGAUCAGUUGAUAGAUGGGCAGCUUCAUAACAAGCUUUUCAGUGCCAAGUACAAACAUUAAACCUUGACAUUAAUCACAUCACUUGGAGUUGCAUGAUUUUAUUUCUAUUGCUGUUUGCAAUGGAAUUUUUGUCAAAGCUACUAGAUACUAGGAUUAGCUGUAGCAUGAGCUGAUAUAAGCCAAACAAAAUUAUCUGCAUCUCCUAUCAGUCCCAGAAGGGAAGCUUCUGCACAGAAUAGCAUUGGGAGAGAAGGAGGGAGUGUCAAUUUUAAUCAGGACAACAGAGGAGGAAAAGAUAAACUUGCAGUCAGUGGCCCCUACAAAAACCUUUCUUAUGGUAGGUUAAUUUUUAAAAAACAAACAUAUAUACAUUCAAGUUAUAUGUUUACUGUCACAUCGAGUCUGGCUCCUAAGUAUACAUGUGCAUGCAGCCUUUAAAACUAAAUAGUCUGUUACAUUUCCCAGGAUCUUCUAUAUACUAUCAGGGAAAAAUGCAGCUAUUUUUCAGUUUAAUAUGAUAUGAAGUCA